UAAGUUGGUGGAUAUUGCUGUCUCUCAAGAGCUUCGUGAUGAGGUGAAAAGUCUCCACCUAUCUCUGCAAGAAAAUUAUAAAAUUCUUCCAGGCACUAAUCUGCUAUCCAUCAACGGGCUCAUUGUUUCGCCAAAAGUGGACAUUUCUUCUCUAUUAGAUAUUAUUUGGCGAGAGUCUUGGAUAUUAACGAGGCUACAUCGGCUUGGAAUUAGAGGCCCUGCACUUUACAGCCUCCUCUCCCUACCUUUGGAUCAAGUUGGCUCAGAGUUUUCAUCUACAGGAAUAGAAUCCGAUGGGGCUACAGCUCAAUCAUUAUUCGGCAGCAGACCUACAUCUCUCACAGUUACUCAACCACCAAUCAAUCUGGGCCAGCAUGUCCGGCUCAGCCUGACUGGUCGCUUUAUGCUUGAUCUAAGGGGCGCUCCAUUAAUAUACCUCAACAACUUAGAGUCAGAUCCAGCCUAUGCAGGCUGGAAAAAGUCAGUUCGCGGUCUUUUUACUAUGGAUUUUAUCUCAGGGAGUAGUGGUCUAAAGCAGGUAGCCAAAAAUCUUUUUAAUGUUGUCCUCGUCAUUGAUCCAGCAAACCCGAAUUGUACCGAUAUCCUUCGAUUCACGGAAUCAUUUAUACUGCACCGAGUCGGAAUUAGGUGA